GAAAUCCAUUCAUAUUGACAAGCACUUGGCUGGCCGCGUUCAGUCUUCUUUCGAGCGUCGUCCACAUCGGGUCGAUUCCUCCACUAUCUCGAUACGAUUCAAUUACAAUUCGAGCCGAUCCAGUCCCGCUAUAGUUUCGCAUUUAUUCGCGUGCGCGUGUGACGAGUUCGAUAAAAAUACUGCAAACGUUUUAGUUGAAGAGAAUCCCAAAUACUCGAGCCAAUAUGACGGUGGAUCUAUCACCCGUGCAGGAGUACUACAAGGACAAGACGAUCUUCAUCACUGGAGCGUCAGGGUUCAUGGGCAAGGUGCUGCUGGAAAAGCUGCUCUACUCCUGCCACUCGCUGAAGGAGGUGAUCAUCAUCUGCCGCCCGAAGCGCGGAAAGGCCCCCGAAACGCGUCUGGAGGAGAUGUUCAAGCUGCCCAUCUUCCAACGCAUCAAGGACGAGCGUCCGGAGAUGCUCAAAAAGGUGACCAUCUACCAGGGCGACGUGACCUUUGACCAGUUGGGCCUCAGCGGCGAAAGCUUGAAGCAUGUCACCGCGAACACCAACAUUGUGUUCCACAUGGCGGCCACACUCAAGCUGGAGGGCAACCUUCGAGACGCCAUCGACAUGAAUCUGCUGGGCACCCGGCGCGCCCUCAACGUGGCCAAGGAGAUGAAGCAGCUCGAAGCCUUCAUCCACCUGUCCACGGCCUUCUGCAACUGCGACCAAGAGGUAAUGUACGAGAAGGUGUACGAGUUCCCGCACAAGCCCGAGGACCUCAUGCGCCUGGCCGAGUGGAUGGACGUGAAGACCCUUGACGCCAUCACGCCGGACCUGCUAAAGCCGCACCCAAACACCUACACCUACUCCAAGCGACUGGCUGAGCUCCUGGUGCGCGACCACUACGAGUCCAUGCCCGUCAUCAUCGCCCGUCCUAGCAUCGUGUCGCCGUCGGCAUACGAGCCCGUUCCGGGAUGGGUUGACAACCUGAACGGACCCACCGGCCUUAUGGUGGGUGCCGGCAAGGGCGUCAUCCGCUCGAUGCUGAUCGACACGCGCCACCUGUCCGAGGUGAUCCCGGUGGACUACGCCAUCAACGGACUGUGCGUGAUCCCCUACCAGUUCGCCCAACUGACGGAACGGCCGGCACAGGUGCCUGUGUACAACAUCACGUGCGCCGAUCACCGCAAGAUGCAGUGGGGCGAGGUGAUCGAGAUGAGCAAGGAGAUUGGCUACCGGUACCCCAUGGAGGCGGGUCUCUGGUAUCCGGACGGGUGCAUCACCACGAACAAGUUGCACCACAACAUUAACGUGGUACUUUUCCACUGGCUCCCCGCCUACUUCAUCGACUUCAUCUUACUGCUGCUCGGCCAGAAGCGAUUCAUGAUCCGCGUCCAAAACCGUAUCUCUGUGGGCCUGGAGGUGCUGCAGUUCUUCACGAUGCGCGCCUGGUUCUUUAAGUCGGACGCCUACUCCUCCCUCUGGGACAUGCUCAACGAGGCGGAUAGGAAAAACUUUAAUAUGGACAUGGAUCCCGAGGAGACCAUUCCGAUGUACAUUGAGUCGUGCGUCCAGGGAGGGCGGCAGUACCUGAUGAAGGAGUCGCCUGACAGUCUGCCGCGCGCCCGGCUCCAGCUGAAGCUAAUGUACACCUUGGACCGUGUGUGCAAGAUGCUGAUCGUGGGCUCGCUAUGCUACUGGACCUACGUCUCCCCGGCCGCAUACGAGCCGCUCCCCGGGUGGGUGGACAACCUUAACGGACCGACUGGCCUGAUGAUCGGAUGCGGCAAGGGAGUGAUCCGGUCCGUGCUGGUGAACCAGAAGAACAAGGCCGAGGUCAUUCCCGUGGACUACGCUAUCAACGGACUGAUCGUCAUCCCCUACGAGUUCAACAAGCAGGCCAAGCGUCCUGCCAACGUGCCCGUCUACAACAUAACCAAUGCGGACCACAGAAAGAUGUGCAUGGGCACCGUGGUGGAGAUGAGCAAGCGCAUCAACAAGCAGAUCCCCUUCGACGCCGGCCUGUGGUACCCGGACCCCUGCGUCACAACCAACCAGUACUACCACAACUUCAACGUGGCCCUGUUCCAUUGGCUGCCCGCUUACUUCCUGGACUUCCUGAUGCUAAUACUUGGCCAAAAGAGAUUCAUGCUGAGGGUGCAAGAGAAGAUCUCGACGGGUCUGGGCGUCCUGCAGUUCUUUACGCUCAAUGCCUGGUGCUUCCGCUCUGACAAUUACGCCUCGUUGUGGAACAAACUUAACGAGGAAGACAAGGCUAUCUUUAACAUGAACAUGAACACUAAGGACACCGAGGAGGAGUACAUGAUUGAGUGCGCCAAAGGAGCUCGCAAGUUCAUUCUCAAAGAGAAGGAACAGGAUAUUCCCAGGGCGCGCGUGCAUAUGAAGAUCCAAUGGGUCGUGGAUAUCGUAUGCAAGACACUCAUCGUGGGACUGUUCUUCUACUACCUCCUUAAGUGGACGGGGGUGCUGGCCAUAUUCUGAGUCCAGUUCCCGAUGGAAUCUUGUUGGUUUGGUGGUCACAGGCAAUAAAUUAGUCACUUAGCUUAACUCUAGUUACAAAUAUUCGAGGUUUUGAGCCCAAAUAAAAAUCAUCUUAGGUUGUUGAGUAUAUCGCCA